UCCCUCGUCACGCUGCCGCCCCCCCCCCUUCUUUCUCGGGGAGUUGGACAAGAGAUUCCACAAGGGAUAAUGGCGUCAAACUGCGCAUGUGCAAAAACGACAGGGGAGAAAAGGCUGAUUAAUGACAACUUCAAGCAAAAUAUUAACUUCAUUACAUGAUAACUCAUGCUUGCAAUGCUGAAAGAAGAAGAAAAGCGGUUAUUCAAAUGUACGGCACAUAUUGAAAUAGUGGGAAAAGAACAUCAACGAAACGUGAACUGCAAUUUUUCAAGAAAACUAGCUGUAAUCAUUUGUUUCGUCCACUGGAGAGCGCACGAACAACAACUUAACUGUGAAAUUGGAAACGAAAACAUUGAAUCAACAAAUUCUCAGUCGCUAUUAUGAUCAACAUUAGUGAUUGUUUGUAAAAUUGUUUGCAAAAAUCUAUUAUAAGUUGUUUAUUUGUAUAUAACUGCAUGCAAUUGAUCACAAUUAAUAAUAGUGGAAAGUGAACCGGUGGUUGCUUGUAAACACGCACCCCGGCUCGCCCAGGCGCCUUCAUUAGCAGCUGAAUGGCUGCUGAGCUGUCAGGUAGCACGUCUUGAGGACGCAUGUCAACUUCCUUUAAUGUUCUCAGCUACUUGUGGAACAUGAAAGGAGGGAAGGUAAGAGGAGGAGGUGCAGAGGGGGGUGUCUAGGGGGUAUAUAAGACACCCCUGGAGAUGUGGGCCAAAAUUGUUAUUGCUCUCGGGGGCCGACAUGCGCUCAUUGCGAGCCUCCCCGCUGUUGCCGGUCCUCCUCCUCCUGCUCCAGCAGCACCAGCCGACCCGGACAGUCCACCUGCAGCAGGCCCGCCAAGGAGCUGGGCUUCGCGUCUUACGGGAGCGCGGAGGAGCCGCCACCGCCGGAGGAAGCGGAACAUCGGGAGCGCAUCACCUUCCCACCUACAUGGUGCACCUCUACCGCAACUUCAAGGCCAACGCGACGGAUGCGGCGGAGCAAGAUGCGGAGAAGCGCGCGGACAUAGUGAGGAGUUUGAUGGCGAAAGGGUUGGUGUACAGACACGGACAGUGGACAGUCACAUUUGACCUCCGCGACCUGCUGCCCGACAAGCAGAUCCAGGCGGCCGAGCUGAGAAUCCGGCUCCCCCCGGGCGCCCCCGACACACAGGUGGCCGUGUACCACCAGCGCGGCCCCGCGUGCCACCCGGCCACGGGCGUCUGCCGUCGAGAGCCACAGCGGGUGGGGCUCUUGGGCCCGUCUUUCCUGCUCUCCUCCUCCGGCGGCUGGAGGGUCUUCAACAUGACGGGGCCCCUGCUUGCCUGGCUGUGGCAGAAAUCCCCCGUUGGGGUUCGGCGCCGCAAACGGGCAAGAAGCGAGGCAGAGGCGGCGCCACCUGAGCUCGCCCACCGAGCCUUGUUGGUGAUCUUCUCACACACGGGCUCCGACGGAAACCCCAAAACCAAAGCCAGCUUGCUUCACACGGCCCGGCGCUCCAAAUUUUUGAGUCCGGCCGAGGUUGGGCGGCCAAAGAGGCGCAGGAGCAAGCGGGGUCAUGUCAAGCGGACGAGCGGCGCCCCCGGACGGGGGCCCGACGAUGGCCUGUGCCGCAGAGUGGAUCUGCAUGUGGAUUUUAAUGACAUCGGCUGGGGGUCCUGGAUCAUCUUCCCAAAAAGGUACAACGCUUACCGCUGUGAGGGUUCCUGCCCGGGACCCUUGGGCGCCCACCUCAACCCGACCAAUCACGCCUACAUGCAGAGCUUACUCAAACAUUACCACCCCAGCCGAGUGGUCCCGCCGUGCUGUGCCCCCACCAAGAUGAGCCCACUGAGCAUGCUCUAUUACGAGAACGGCGAGAUGCUCCUCCGGCAUCAUGAGGACAUGAUGGUGGACGAGUGCGGCUGCCAGUGA